AUGCCUUUACGUAUAGAUGACAGCGAAGAAGCAUGUGUUGCUAAGAAUUCGAUUCCUUUUAAAGCGGCCUAUCUCAGGAAAGUCUACUUCAUAUUAUCAUUCCAACAGCUUACUAUUGCUGCCGUUUCGUUUGCGCUUUUCAUGACUCCAGGUGUACGUCCAUUUGUUCAGCAUUACAGUUCGACCACGUGGCUUAUUAUGCUGUUUUUUAUAAUCAGUGUUUUAUGUCUACGACAAGCUACAUUUUACUCAUCACAACUUCUUGGUGCUGCAUUGUUAUUAUUCUCAAUAGCUGCAGCUCUGGUGUUUGGAGGUGAGCAGCUUUGUUGUUUAAAUAUCGUCGAUUUCAAUUACAAAACCGAUCUGAUUGUGAACUAG